GAGGCUGCUAGUCGGUGCGAGUGCCGGUUAUGGAGGAGUUAGUUCCACGUCAUGGUUAACGAGUGUCUCUUAUAUGCUUGCAAUUAAUCCUCGAAUGAAAGGAAGCAGGUGACCGGCUUUCUGCGCCAAGAGUGUGGUCGGUGAAAAGUCUCUGAUGGUGUGCUGACCCUGGAAAAAAGGACAGUCGGCAUGGAGCAUCACGCGUAUGAGGAGGAAAAACUCCAAAAAUUACAGCAGCUUAUCUUAUGCCGGGAUGCUCAGGUUUCCACACUCUUGUCGAUAUUUGGAGAGCGUCAGCACCUUAGCUUUCCCUCCAUCUUUAUUUAUGGUCACACUGGCACUGGGAAGACGUACAUCCUGGAGACUCUGCUGAGCACACUAGAGCUUCCCAGCGCUGUCAUAAAUUGCAUUGAGUGUUUUUCACCAAGGCUGCUGUUCGAAGAAAUACUGAAUAAGCUCCACAACCACUGCCCUGCUCCAGAAAAUGACUUUUCUUCUUAUGAAAGAUGUGAUUCUUUGAAUGAUUUUGUCAGAUUGUUUAAAAAGGCUAUUUCGUGUCAAGGUUUAGAAAAAGAGACCGUUUACAUUGUCUUGGAUAAGGCUGAAAUGCUUCGUGAAAUGGAUGCAAACCUCUUGCCUGGCUUUCUCAGGUUACAGGAACUGACAGAGAGUUAUGUGACAGUGAUCUUUCUAAGUGAAAUUGUUUGGGAAACAUUCCAGCCCAGCACUGGGUGCCUUGAACCACUGACCUUUUAUUUUGCUGACUACAGUAAAGCGGAACUUCAAAGGAUCCUAUCCAGCGACUAUCCUCCAGAGUACUCUCCAGAAUUCUAUGCUUCAUAUAUUAAUAUCCUCCUUGGCGUAUUUUACACUGUCUGUAGAGACAUAAAAGAGCUUAGGCAUUUGGCUGCCCUGAAUUUCCCAAAAUACUGUGAACCUAUAAUUAAAGGGGAAGUAAAAGAAAAUGACUCUCACAAACUGUUUCGAAACAUUGAACCUCAUUUGAAGAGAGCCAUGCAGACUGUUUAUCUCAGAGAGAUAUCGAGCUCACAGUGGGAGAAGAUGCAGAAUGAAGACCGAGAAGCCGCGCAACUCAAAGGAUUAUCUGCACACGCUCAUGUAGAAUUGCCAUAUUAUUCCAAAUUCCUGCUCAUUGCGGCAUACUUAGCCUCCUUCAAUCCUGCGAGAACAGACAAACGAUUCUUCCUAAAGCACCAUGGCAAAAUUAAGAAGACAGAUUUUCUGAAAAAGCAUGAAAAGACUACCAAUCACCUACUUGGUCCCAAGCCGUUCCCCUUGGACAGACUAUUGGCCAUUUUAUACAGUAUCGUGGAUAGUAGGGUCGCACCCACUGCAAAUAUCUUCUCCCAGAUUUCUUCUCUUGUGACACUGCAGCUUCUGACCACAGUUGGCCACGAUGAUCAACUUGAUGCGCCAAAGUACAAAUGUACAGUGUCAUUAGAUUUUAUCAGAGCCAUAUCAAGGACUGUGAAUUUCGACAUAAUAAGGUAUUUGUAUGAUUUUCUUUGAGAACUUUUUUGUGUCAACUUUGCAAGCACUUCAUCUUUCAAGGAUGUCAAGAAUCCAAACUGAAAACAGAGCCACAGAAUGUUUUAAAAGGCAAGGCCUUUUCAGACACUAUCCCAUCCUCGUACCAAUUAUUUGUAAUAAAAUGGUAUCU